AUGGAGUCUUGUGAUGCAAAGAAGGGUUUUUCUCCUCAAGGGGGAAGUGAAUGUGAUGAAUUGGCUUCUGUAACUUCCUCGACUUGUGGGUCGUCGAUAAACAAACCGUACACCCUCAAACCGGACGAAAAUGGCGGCAUCAAACACAGGACCAACAAAAACCGAACAUCGAAAAGCUUCAACAAGGUUAGAACUUUCCGGAAAAGAACGAAAUCAAGAAAUGUUCGUCAAACUCCACUCACGAUACCAUACGAAGAUUCCUCGUUCGACUCGUCCGAAUCCUCGCCUCACUAUCUAAAAGCCACGACUUGUUCGCAAGGCAAGAAAACGGGUUCUCUUGUGCUCGGUAAUAAGUCCUUACAAACCCUUUCGAGCUCGUCUAGCUUUAGGAAUGUGGGGUUUUUAAUGAAGAAAGCCAGUUUCAAGCCAAGAAAGGGGUUGUUGAAUUAUUCUAAGUUUUUUUCUGAGGAUGUAGCCGUUAAUCGAGCGACUUAUUCCUCGACUAUUAAAGGCUCAAAUUUUUCCGAACGGGUCGAGGCUCGUUUGGUUGGGAAAGAACUGGAAAAAGUUUGCCGGUACCACCAUUGCUCUCUGCAUGGGCAUUGCGGAGGAACUCGUGCUCCCAUUGCUCGUACAAAGAGUUUUCUUUACCAAAGGAGAAAGUCGAUGAAAAUGCAAAAGCCCGUAUUGAAAAGAAUCGAGCCGGGGCAUUAUAUGAACAAGAAGAAUACUCACAAAAGCCAAGUGAUUCCUGUUGUGGAUUCUUACGAAGAAAAUCGUAACAAUCCGGGAAAGGAGCCGUUUGGAUAUGAAAAUGUUAUGGGAUUGGAUAUUGUAGAAGCUGCGUGCGGCGAGAUGUCGUUUCCCGAGAGAAGUUACGAGGAGAAUCUUGAAAUAUAUAGGAAAUAUUCAUCACUAGAAGGGGAAUUUGGAGGGAAGUUUUGUUCGAGUUGCUCUUGUCAUAUCCAAGACGAAUUAACUUACUCGAGUUUCGAAAAUAGCAAGGUUGAUGUUUGUGGUAAUGGCUCUAGUAAUGUGGUCGAAAAGUCAAACGAAAAAGUCAGCAACUUUACUGAGGAUAGCUCGGCUGUGGACUGUGCUAGUGAAGAAUCUAAUAAGUUUUGUCCUGAAACUCCAGUUGCAUUCGAAAAGUCAAGCAAAAGGAGUAUUAUUGAGAUAUCAUCAUUUUCUUCCCAUAGUCAAGCUUCAAGCGAUGUGAACUCCGAGGAUGAACGGGAGUUGAAAGCUGAGCAUUCUCCAGCUGGCAAUCUGAAAUGCAAUAACAACAAAAUCACGGGAGUUAACGAGCCCGAGCAAGAAGGGAGAGAGCUUCAGUUCAGCAAGCAGAGGCAUAUCAGCAUGUGGCAUUUAAUACACCAGCACAUGACAGAGAAUUCGGCUGUGGGGCCCACAGACAAGCCGGUCGAAAGAGAAAACUCGGUGGAUGGUGAAGAUUUUUCUCUUGGAAAGGGAAGUACAGCAACUCCGAGUGGAGACUCUAUUAAUGAUUCUGAAAAUCAAGAAAUCGAGCUACGUAAGAUGUUUGCUAUCAAGCUUGUUCGGGAGGCGAUCGAGAAGAUUCUUCUCCCGGAGGUUCAGGAUCAGACGUCUGAUGAUCAGUCGGUUACUAGUGAAAGUACUCCGAGAAUGGGAAAUAUCGAGCGAGAUCAAACUCCAGCUAUUACCGAACAAAAUCAUGAAGAAUCGAAUGCUUUUGACAAAAAAGCUGAUCGAGAAGAAGGACGUUUAAUCAAUGAUAAGAGUUCUUUCGGUCAAGUGAUCAAAAAGUCCGAAAAGAAAGCUCCAAAACACUGGAGCAAUCUCAAAAAAUGGAUCUUGCUUCAGAAAUUCAUCCGGGAAUUGGAGAAAGUGAGAAAAUUCAACCCCAAAAAACCGAAGAUCUUACCACUAAUCUCCGGACCGGAAGCUGAAAAAGUCAACCUCAGACACCAAACAGCUGGCGACAAAAAGAAUGCCGAGGAGUGGAUGCUUGACUACGCGCUCCGCCAGGCUGUACGCCAGCUGGAGCCUACUCAGAAGAAGAAAGUUUCGCUGCUCGUGAAAGCAUUUGAAACGGUGGCUCCACCGAGUCUCAAAUCGGACGAGCCCGUUUCGGGGAAAAAUCGAGAUAAAGAUGAUGAGGGUAUUUUAAUCCAAAACUCUGCAAAUCAAGAAAGUGAAAGCAAGAUUAUCGAUAUUCGUGAAAAUCGAGAAGCUUUUGCCUUACAAACGGACAAGAAAGAAAAACACAUCGAGAUGUGGCACAUGAUAUAUCAGCACGUGGUCUCGGGUAUUGCUGAAAAAAUGGGGACUCGACUUCUCGACGAAUCAGAAGAAGACAUUGUUAUCUCGACCGAAGAUCAGGAGUCGAGAGAGUUCACCAAAUCUGACGCGCUCAAGCUCGUAAAAGAGGCUGUCGACAAAAUUUUACUUCCAGAAAUUCAAGACGCCUCGUUUGAGAAAACCGAGCAGCUUCCGAGAGGUAAAAACUGGAGCAAACUCAAACGGGUUAUCAUGCUUAAGAGAUCGAUCGAGGCUCUGAAAAAGGCUAGAAAUGUCAAACCCAAACAGAACAAUUCGCUUCCCGAGGCGCCACCUGGCGACGAAGGGGAGAAAGUCGAGCUGAGGCGGGAGAUGAUGGACGAGAGGAAAAAGGCGGAGCAAUGGAUGCUCGACUAUGCAGUUCGACACAUUGUUACGAAACUGACUCCGGAUAGGAAAAGAAGAGUGUCGAUGCUAGUCGAGGCUUUCGAAGCAGUUGUUCCCUUACCAGAGAUGUAA